AUGGGAUUCCUGGGCUUGGGCGAGCCAUCCUGGGGAACUCUUAUCAUUUUCCUUGGGGCAUGGAUCAACCGUGACUUUACCACCCCCGUUGCACGACCAACUCGAGAGUCUGACAUCGUCCUUGUCGAAGAUGUCGGUCAUGAGAUGGGGCUCGAGGCUCUAGAUUCGACACGUACCGGAGACGCACCACUGUCAAUACGCAACGCUGAGCGUUGGCGUCCAAGAGAAUUGUCCCUACUCGGGCUAAAGACGACAAUUCAAACACCGAACACGGCCGUCUUCCGAGACAGAAUAUUCAGCAGAGUGCUUUUGCGCUUUCCUUUCUUAAUCGAGAUCGUUUACUGGGGCCUCAUUUACGGCGUCUACCAGUUUGGUCGGGGCCAGUUGGCCGUCAGAUUCGUUGAACAGACAGUCGAUAUAGCCUGUCAUCAUGCCCUGGCCGUCAUUGAACUAGAACAGCGACUCCACAUAUUUUGGGAGCUGAGCAUCCAGAAAUUUUUCCUCCAGUAUCCCGGGUUGAUGUGGUGGAUCAACCGGAUCUACAGUUUCAUCCACCUUCCUGCAACGAUCACUUUCCUAGUGGGCUUAUACUACUUUGCCAUCACGCGCAAUCGAUCUACGGCCAAUUCAAACUGGUCUGAUCAUGCCGUAAGCUCCAACGGUCCGGAACUUUACGAAUCUCGGCGUCGGGCGCUGGCGCUGUGCAACCUCUUUGCAUUUUGUGUCUUUAGCACUUGGCCAUGCAUGCCUCCCCGUCUGUUACCGGACUCGAAAUUGCCUGGUGAGCCCGGUGAGCUGGCGCGAAGCUUUGCCUUUAUCGAUACGGUGCACGCACGCGACGGAGCUGUCAGCGUCUUCAACACGAGGAAAUGGACCAACCAGCUAGCCGCAAUGCCCUCACUUCACUUCGGAUACUCGCUACUGGUGGGCGUCUCUGUCAUGCGCCUUCCCCUCGCUCCCACGACCAAACGAUAUAGGAUCUCCGUUCCCGCUGUACCACUCCUCAAGUCCGACCGCACCGGCUUUGUCCUCCGGAUCCCUUCUCUACCCAAGCUACUCUGCGAGAUCAUUGGCUUUUUGUAUCCAUUCUCAAUCUUGAUCGCCAUCAUCGCGACCGCGAACCACUUCAUCCUGGACGCCGUGGCGGGCGGCAUGAUCUGCUUCUUCGCCCUACGCUACAACCACUUUAUGAAGAAUCUCCUACCCCUCGAGGACUGCGUGUUCUGGUGUCUCCGCGCUCACAAGCCCGUUCAAGAGCUGCCGGACCAAGGCGCGCGCCUCGACGACAAGAUAUAG